UGCACCACCACUGCCUUGCUGGUUGUGGGAUUUUUUUACUUUUCCCCUUCAUUGCUCCGUGAGCUAGAUUUGGCUAUCAGGAUCCUUAGGAUUUGACUUCAGAAUCACUUCCUCCUCCUGUGCCCUCCUUCCCCUCAGUGAGCGAGGCUGACUCUCACUUUUCCUUCAACAUGAUGAAUUCUUUAAAUCUAGGCAUUGUUACAGAAGCCUGUGUCUGUCUUGAAUGUCUCCUUACUUCCCUGCUUCCCUCACUUUCGUUGGCUAAGUCAGCCUUGUCUGCCCUGUCUCAGUGUGGGCGAUAGUCUACUAAGGAUCUCUUUGACACAGACUGGGUCACAAGCCUGUGUUUCCUUAGUACUCCGCGGUCUCUCCACCACACUGUAAUUACUUGUUUAUUUGUCGUUCACCAUGUACUGGUUUAAGGUAUAACAAAAUGUCUAAAAAAUAGGGUCUGAGUUGCAUUGAAAUAUAAUAAAAAAGCAAUGAAAUAGUAAUUUGGGAGCUCACUUAGUAGAGAAAGAACAGAGACAUUGGUUCUGAUAGAUGAAAAUUUUCUAAGCCUGAAUGUAAAAUAUUCUUUGACAUCUAUUCGGUUUUUUGUUAUUCGUUAGGCAUUUUUGGAGUUCAGGUUCUGGAAGUGGCCUGUAGGGGUGGCUGUUAUUGGCUCAUAUGACAAUAUAAUAGAAAUUGUAUGAUGAAGGUGGCCAUAAGGGUGGGGACUUGACCGUAGCUGGGCCUUUCCUGUUCUUAAAAUGGCUGUGGGCUUCAUUUCUCCUUGUGCUAAGUAAGGAUGAACCUGGUUCCUAUCAGCACAGGCUUGUUUACUUAGAGGCUCAUGUUAGUGGUGCUCUGUGUGAUUUGGUGACACUUAUAUAGCCUGUGUUCUCUUACAGGAAGCUGACCCCCAUAGAGUAAGGGAUGAGGAAGGAGUUCUGGGCAGAUGUAAAGAAUGUCCAUUGCCAUUCUUAGUUCCUUGUCUCAUUGUGAAUUGUGAUUUUGUUUUUGUAGGUGCUUUAUUUGUCGGAAAGAGAUGCUCUGUAUUAUGGACCUGAGUAUUCCAGGUGCUGAAAUGUAAGAAGACAGCUUUAGAGUUGCAGAUGUCAACUGUGGCCUUCCUAAGCACAUUGAUAUUGUCAGUGCCAGCCAGACAGCACAUGUGGCUGGUGGCUGUCAUAUUACUGGAAGGUGGAGGCAGCUAUGACACAAAUUUAAUGAAAAGGUCCUAUUACUACUGGAUUUGCAAGAUUUUUAAUACAAUUUUUUCUUUGAAUUAUGAUUUAAAUGUCAAAAACCUUUAAAAUUUUUUAAAAAGGGCAAUAUUUUAGUUUUGGAAGUCAGAAUGCCAAGGAAAAGGAAAAAUCUUGGGGGCAAUCCUUUUCGGAAGACUGCAAACUCUCAGGAAAUUGUCGUAUCCCGUGUUGCUAGUCAUGAGGAGCCAACCACUACUCUUCCUGCCAAGUGUGAGACAAAAAUUGAUCAGGAAGAACUCUUCACCAGUAUCUCAGAGAUCUUUUCUGCUCUGGAUCCUGAUGUAGUGUAUUUGAUGCUUUCUGAAUGUGAUUUUAAAGUUGAAAAUGCCAUGGACUGUCUGUUAGAAUUAUCUGCAGCGGAUGCCAAGAUGGAAGACUCCCCUUCACCAACGGCUGCUUGGGAGGACGAGCCAGGCGCGUCAGGAAGUGCGGUGAUGGAGAUGGAGAUGCGGCCUCCUGCAGAGGAGAGUGAAGACUCAAAACUGGAUUCCUUUUUGGAUAUGCAGCUAACUGAAGACUUGGAUUCCUUAAUACAGAAUGCUUUUGAGAAACUGAAUUCUUCUCCUGAUGACCAAGUAUAUUCAUUUUUGCCUUUGCAAGAUGCUAAGAGUUUUAAUGACCCUUCUACCUUUAUGAAUUCAGAUUCAAGUGGUAUGCCUUCUGUUCUUUCUGUACAGAAUACGGGGUCAAACAAUGAAAUUCUCCAGAAUCCUGCUGCUUCACUAGGUCCAAACCCACUAACUUCACCUUCGGUUUUGAAGGAGCCUGAAAGUUUUCCGCAGGGGAGCACACCGGCAUUAGAAGGGAGCUUCCCCGAAGACUCUCCUCUCGCCAGCUCUUUAAAUCCACCAAAUGGCUCUGUUGGGGGUUGUGGCAGUUUUAACCAAAGACCAAAAGACCUUUUAGAACCGGAGUGUCCUAGUGCACAGCGUUCUCAAGCCCUCGUAGAUUUGGGUUCCAGUGAACAUCCGGUUCCUUCAAAUCUUCCUCUGCAAAGUCCAGGGCGUGACUUAGCAGGUGCAGAUGGGGAGCAGAAGUCUGCCUCUGUGCCUGAUGUUUUUGUACCCUCUGAAGGAUUUGGUUUCAAGCCCCACAAGCAUCCUGAACUGCCACCAAAGGGGAAGGACAUGAAUUACUGCCCAGUCCUCACCCCUCUCCCUUUGCUCCUCCCCCCUCCGCCGCCUCCACCUAUCUGGAACCCCAUGAUUCCUGCUUUUGACCUCUUUCAAGGCAACCAUGGCUUCGUGGCGCCUGUUGUGACCACAGCUGCACACUGGAGACCUGUCAACUACACGUUCCCACCCUCCAUCAUCUCCCACACUUCCCCCACGAAGGUGUGGAGGAACAGCGAGGGAGCAAGUGCUUACCAAGUGCAAGAAGCCCCCGUGGCCCAGCCCGCCAGGAAGAAGACCACGGCCUACGUGGGCUUAGUGCUCGUGCUUCUCAGAGGGCUGCCGGGCUCGGGGAAGUCCUUUCUGGCAAGGACUUUGCAAGAAGAUAACCCAAGUGGAGUCAUUCUUAGUACUGAUGAUUAUUUUUAUAUAAAUGGACAGUACCAGUUUGAUGUAAAGUACUUAGGAGAAGCCCAUGAGUGGAACCAGAAUCGAGCAAAAGAAGCAUUUGAGAAGAAGGUAUCUCCAGUAAUCAUAGAUAAUACAAACCUCCAAGCAUGGGAAAUGAAGCCAUAUGUUGCUUUGUCUCAGAAGCAUAAAUAUAAGGUCCUUUUCCGGGAACCAGACACAUGGUGGAAGUUCAAACCAAAGGAACUUGCAAGGCGUAAUAUCCACGGAGUAAGCAAAGAGAAAAUCGCGAGAAUGCUGGAGCACUACCAGCGUUUUGUUUCGGUGCCCAUAAUCCUGAGUUCUUCAGACCCAGAGAAAACGGAGCGGAUUGAGCUGUGUGCGUACUCUUGUGAGGACAGAAGCGCUGGCCCAAGAGACAAUGAAGCUCUUACCUCUGAAAAGGAAGAAAAUGUCUUAUCCGCACCUGUGAAGCGCUUAGAGUCAAUGGAGGAGAAGACACUUGAAGCGGCCAAAGAAGCGAUAUUCCCUGAGAGUGCUGCCCCCGUCCCUCAGGCCAGUUUCAGCCGAGGAAGAAAGGAGACGAGUGUUGUGGGUCAUGGUGGACACGGCCCCUUCUUCCAGGAAGCCCCAAACACCUGUCUUCCUCACUCGGAAAGCCAAGUUCCGGCCACAGACAAGAGUGAGACAGAGCAAGAGACACCGAAAGCGCGCGUUGAGGCAGAUGCUUGGAGCCUUGCGGAGGGGGCACCCCCAAGUGGUUACUGUGCUGAGGACAGUCAAGAAGCGGGUGAGCUCGCAAGUGCUGGGGCCCUUCAGAGUGAGAACCCCCCACCUCCUGAAAUCCUGGAAGAAAGAACAGCAGGAAAGAAAAAGCCCAUUGGAAAACAAAAAAGCAAAUCAUCUUUGGAAAAGUUCCCAAAACAUGAGCCAUCAAAUUUUGUUGGUGACUGGCCAGUUGAUAAGACAAUUAGCCAGAGGACCAAAAGGAACCGGAAAACCGAGAAAGGUUUAUCUGUACAAGGUGACAAAAAAUGUAAUCGCCCUCCGUCACACAAAGUAUCAGAUGCUAGGGUAUCUAUGAAUACGGAUCAUGUCCAGCAGCGAGGAUCUCCACAUGGCAUCGAAGAUCUUUCAGAAGGGCCCAGUAGUGGUCAGUAUGAUGCUUACAAAGGUACUGAGCAAAGCUCGUUCAGCAUUGUGGGUGACUGGCCCUCAUCUGCUUCUUUAGCUCAGAGAGAGCCCAGGUCGAGAAUACCAAAAGCUGGCUUAAAUGAAGCCAACUUAGAAUUUGGAACUAAUGACAACAUGAGUGAAAUACCCCUGUAUCCCACGCAUGAGGCCUAUUGGGGCACAAGCCCUGAAGAACUGAAGUCUCUGGGUUCCACUCUGCGAAGUUCUGAAAUGCUGCCUAGUAAAACAGCUCCUGAAGCGCAGACUUCCCUGAGUAAAAUGGUUCCUAGCCAGCCCGCUCUGCCCCUCCCCUUUUCUGCUAGUGCGGUAGCUCCUCCGCCUGGAGUCGUGGCUCCGCCUGGACUCGUGGGGCCUCGGUCUCUAGCAGUCGGAGUGUCUAGGGUUGUCUCUGGGAUAGAUACAAGCGUAUGUGCCCAGACUGAGCCCCAAGAUUUUGCUCUCUUGUGGAAACUAGAAAAGAAUAAAAUCAGUGUUUCAGAUUCUGUCAGAGUGCUAACAGGAAAAUUAGAUGGGUUUAAGCCAAAAGAUUUCACUAUUAAUACAAAAUUAAAUGUUCAAGAAGCAAUUCCAUACAGAGUCAUGCAUGAUAAAAGUACGUAUGUUGAAGAAAGUGAGCUUACCAAUGCUGAUGAGUCUGAAAAUCUUAACAUCCUUUGUAAACUAUUUGGAUCAUUUUCCUUAGGCCUGAAAGAUUUAUAUGAGAGAUGUAAUAAAGAUAUUAUUUGGGCCACAAGCCUUUUGUUGGAUUCUGAGACUAAAUUAUGUGAGGAUACUGAGGUUGAGACCCCCAAAUCGUAUGAUGAGUCACAAGUUGGGCCAUUUUCUAUGGGGUUGGAUUUGAAGGAAAUUAUUAGCCACAGAGGAACCUCAGAAGAUUUGAAUUUUGUGUCAGAAUUUAACCCUGGGAUUGGUAUCAGGAACACUAAUGCACAGUCUACUGGUGAGGCAGAAAAAGGAAACUCAAAGCAGGAAGAGAUAAGAGCUACAAAUCCUGAAAACCCUGAAUCACUAAGCAGACUAUUUCCUAAUGCUGCUAUCAAUGUAAAGAGUAAUAAUGAAAUCGUUUCUAACUGUGGAACUGAUUUGUCAGGCACCUAUAGCUUUAAGGGGUCUCUUCCACUUACCCCAAAAUCUAACAUCCUCAAAGAUGUUAGUGAAGUGGAGAAGAAUCCAGUAGCCACAGAGACUGGAGGCAACGUUCUUUCUUUUUUAAACUUGUCUGAUAUCAUAAACUCUGCAACGAGCACUUCAGAUCCUGAAUUCAACGAAGAAGUUUAUCUUACUGGCUCUUUGGAAGCAAGGAAAAAUGAGACUCUUCCUAAGGAUUAUGUGAAAUUUGGAAAUAUGGAAGAAUUUAUCAGUGAAGAUAAACAGGAAAUGGAGAAGAUUCUAAUGCCAGGAACUAGUUUGUCAGCUGGAGUUAGUGAAGAGGAUAAAACCGAGGUAUUCAAUCCCACACCAGUAAUGGCCAAAUCUCUGACCAUAGACUGUCUGGAGCUGGCACUACCCCCUGAGCUGGCUUUCCAACUUAGUGAAUUAUUUGGCCCCGUUGGUAUUGAUUCAGCGUCUCUAACAGUUGAAGAUUGUGUGGUUCAUAUAGAUCUGAAUCUGGCUAAAGUGAUUCAUGAGAAAUGGAGAGACUCUGUAAUGGAGCGACAGAGACAGGCCGAGGUGUCUUGCGGCAAGUGCGGUCAAGAUCCUUCGAUGGCUGGGACUGCUGUUCUUGAUAAUUCUGAACAAAAAUCAUCUCAGAAAACAGGCAAAAAAUUAUUGAAGACUUUAGCAGCACCCGAGACACUGGAUCCAUGGAACACUCAAACAAAAAAAGUUUCACUGCGAGAAAUAAUGUCAGAAGAAAUCGCCUUACAAGAGAAACAUGACUUGAAAAGGGAGACACUUAUAUUUGAAAAAGACUGUGCCACCAAACUAAAGGAGAAGCAGCUUUUUAAAAUAUUUCCAGCCAUUAACCAAAAUUUCCUGGUGGACAUCUUCAAAGACCACAACUAUUCACUGGAACACACAGUACAGUUUCUAAACUGUGUUCUUGAAGGAGACCCCGUGAAAACAGUGGUUGCUCAGGAAUGUGUUCACCAAAAUGAGAACAUCACUUCUCAUCCUGCACAGAAAUUGAAAGAGAAGAAGGCAAAGAAAUCGAGAGAGAGUGAUGAUCCCACAGGUGACGCGUCUUUCCAGGAUUUUGAGUACCCUGAGUACGAUGACUACAGGGCAGAGGCAUUCCUGCACCAGCAGAAGAGGAUGGAGUGCUACAGCAAGGCCAAGGAGGCCUACCGCAUGGGCAAGAAGAACGUGGCCACCUUCUACGCUCAGCAGGGCAGUCUCCACGAGCAGAAGAUGAAAGAGGCCAAUCACCUGGCUGCCGUGGAGAUCUUCGAGAAAGUCAAUGCCUCUCUGCUGCCGCAGAACGUCCUCGACCUCCAUGGGCUGCAUGUGGAUGAAGCUAUAGAGCAUUUGACGACUGUUUUACAGCAGAAAACGGAAGACUUUAAGCAGAGCGGCGGUAAGCCCUAUCUUUCCGUGAUUACGGGGAGAGGAAACCACAGCCAGGGAGGAGUUGCUCGAAUCAAGCCAGCCGUCAUUAAAUACCUCACCAGCCACAGCUUCAGGUUCUCUGAAAUUAAGCCAGGGUGCUUGAAGGUCAUGCUAAAGUGAAAUUUAGAAGCCCUUGACUUAGAGGCAUGAAGGUUUACAGACUGAAAUUGUUUUUUCUGCAGUAAUUCUGUCAAUUCUACUCUCAAAUGUGUUUUAAUAGGAAUAUAAAACAAGGAAAAUGUUUUUCAGAAUUCAAGGAAAGUUUUUUACUGGCUCAAAUGCCAGUCUAUUAUUUGUUAAAACAUUAAAAGGAAUUUUUAUUGAUUACAAAAUGUCUAAAAAAAAAGUUAUCACUUGCAGAUUAAAAGUCUUAAGUGCUCUAGUUGGUUUUUAGGAAAAAACCCCAAAACAACAACAACAGAUCCACUGCCUUUGUAUUAACCCUUUCCCAUUUAGAAAAGUCCUGUAGCUGUCCGUGAGGGGCAGCAUGCUUUGAACCCUGCUUCCUGGCUCUCAAGGACUGUCCUCGAGUGGUGAAGGAGGAAGGUGAUCAGCAGAACACGGGUUCCUUGUGCUUUGGAAUUUUGAAGCCUGUCACAGAGUCACUUGGUGUUGCGUGAUGUGCAGAUAGAUGGGCAACUUUCCUGUGUCUCUGAUCUCAAUCCCUUCCGUCUGUGCUGUUCUGUGCUGUGCUUUUGCUGGGAGGAGAGUUGGCUCUUGAGCCUGACUUACGGUCUCUUAGCUUCCAUAAAUAGGAAACCCUUCAGAGAAGGAGAGAUGGUCACAGGACUGCUUGUGGAACCGUCUCUGAGUGGCUCCAGACAGUGCUAAAGGCCUGUUUUAUACUUGAGACAUCAUUUCUAAGCUAUGUGAGUCAAAAAUCCUAUUGACUUAAGUGUGAAAACUGUUUUUGGUAUAACUGUAAAAGAAACUCUUGUAAUUAGAAAGAUUUUUUACCUUUAUUUUGAAAAGGAGCCAACUUUGUGAAAGAAAAGUCUCAUUGACUUCUGUUAGGCCAGUGUCCUGAUCGUAUGUAAAUCUGACUUCCUUUAUACAGACUUAGUUUGGUGAAGUGUAACUUUUCUAUAAUGAGACUGUAGUUAAAAUACAUUUAACUUUGGAUAUACAGAGUAUUUUCAACAUAUACAGUGUUUGCAGACAAUUAUGUUGCGUUUUCUUUAGCUUACAAAAUCACCGUCAUCAAGAAUGAGGCGGCAUUGCCCUGCACUGAAAGGAUACUGACAGACAGAAUGAGCCCCCAGAGAGCAGACAAGCUAAUGGGAACGAAACUCAAAACCACGUUCUUACAUCUUAGGAAUCAUGCUUUUCAAAUACGAGCCUUACCAUUGGAUUUUAUUGCCAUAAAAACAAAACAUCUAUGUUUCUUACCUACAAAUGGUUAGUGAUUACUGAUAUUCAAGUAGUUAUAUUUUUAGACUUGUAAUAAUUCGUUUUAAAAAUUGCAGUAGUGUCUCACACUGUUUUUGGUAAUGCUCAGAAGUGGUAUAUAUAUAUUAAAAUUAAAGCAGUUCCCUUGUACAACUUAGUACAAAACCCACAAUCAGUAGUUAAUGAAGUAAGCUUAUUCCUGUUUUCAAGUUAGUAUGAUUUAAACAACGAGAAACAACACUAACCUGGCAUGACUGGAGUGUGUGCAGCUGCACACUCAUUUUCUGUGUUGUAUGUUUUCUCACCUUUUAAAAAUCACACUUGAGUACUUAGAUAGACUUCUUCUAUUACUGUGAGUGUUAUUAAUAAGGGAACAAUGAAAAGAAGUCCAAUGUGGUGCUCCGUGCUUGGAGGGCAAGGGAAGGCAGCUGCUUUAUUGCUGCGCCCGGCCUGAUUCUGAGAACUCUGCUGGCGCUGCUGUGUGAUGGAGUGACCUAAGGAGACCUUGAACCAAGUUGGCCACAAACUCGCCAUCCUUCCGCCUUCCCCCCAAAGUUGAGAUUAUAGGUGUGCUUAGCCAUGCUGCUUCGUGUCCUUCGUUAUUAUCUAUACAUGCACAAAGUUUGAACAUUUUAUAUAUAUAUAUAUAUUGUCCCCAAAUGCCUUCCCACCCUACUAUCUGGUAUUGUUUAAGCAGUUACAAUUAUGAAAGAACAUUCUCUGAUCUUUCUUUUGCCAAUCUCUAAAUCUCAUGUCCCGGCCAGAGGUAGAGAUACUUUGGGGACUAUCAGGUAUUUUUCUUUUGCCCACUUCUAAAUUUUGUAUGUCAGAGGUAAAGAUGGUUUAGAAAUGAUCCAGGUUAGAAGAACUCUUUGUAAGCCUAGUAUUUUAAUGCAUUUUAAAAGUAUAGCAUUUCUUCCAAAAUACUGGAAGAUCUCAGUAGCAGUUAUACACAUCUAAUAGUCUGUUAUUGGUGUCAACCCAGGGAGAAAAGAGAACUGAUAGGAACACCACGGAGUGCGCCGCAGGGCCAGGGCCCUCACGGCCAUUCUCAGCCCGUUUCCUGAUUCUUCUGACAUUUAUUAGCUGUUCAUAUAUUGCUGUUAUUUUCGAGUUGAAGUUUUCUUCUGUUUAUUAGUAUUCCCACAAUACUUAUACUCCUGUUGUUUUUCAGUAUCAUCCACUUUAAAUGGUGGAAACGGGCUGAAAUGAUUUGUAUUCUAACAUAUAGGAGAAGAAAAGCUUCCCGUUCUUUUGGGUGGUUUCCUGACCUUUGUUUUGGUCUUUUUCUCUUUAAAUUCAGGUGUUCUGUUUGCUUUAGAAGGACAUAUGUAAUGACAAGGUUAGUUAUUUCUGAGCUGGCAAUUCAAGAAAUUGUUCUGACAAUGUUUUAACUGCUCUCAAGAAAACGUAUGAAACAGACAAAAAUAAUGUGUGCUGUUUUUUCCAAGUGCUUUUCUGUAGUGCAAUGAGAUGACAUUUGAUAAUGCUCUGUGCUGUGCUUAAAUGUUGCUUAUUUUUGAUUACUUGUAAAGAAAACAGAUUUAAAUGUCUGUGUGGCCAAAACCAAGUGCCAUUUAAAAGGAAAAGUAAGUCGAUAUAGAAUGUAUGUUACUGGUGCUCAUUUUUAAGGUGUAAUUUAAGUUUACAGUAUUACUUGAUGCCUCUUUACAGAAGGGACUGGAGAAGCAAGGCUAGAACAUCUGUGUCCUAACGCCUCAUGACCUCAGUUCAUCCAUUGUGCCCUCACAGUUGACUGCCGCGGUCAGUGAUGAACCUGUUGUUAUUGUUGUUGUUGUUGUUGUUUACCCUGAGACGUCUCAGUCACGUGCCACAUUGCAGCUAGCAGUUGAAGAAUAGACUAUAAGCUGCUCCGACAGUAUAUCAGAAGCAAAUGUUUUUAUUUGUACUAUAAAAACGUGAUUUUUGCUGUCAACUCUGUACUUUUUUAUUGAAAAUGUUUAUAACUUUGCUUUUAAAAUUUCUUAUGAAACCAUUUGCAAAUUACACACUUAAUUUAAUAAAAUGCUUUAGUCACAGUUCA